CGGAGGACACAAUAAUAGUUCGAUGAAAACAAACACUUCGAUACUACUGUCCAAAUUCUUACAAUAACAAAUCUUAAGAGUUGGUUGGUCUUGGUCCUAACUGCCAUCUCCUCUCUCUUCUCCCUCCGUCUCAUCUCUCUCUCUCUCUCUCUCUCUCAAUGGAGAAAUCAGGGUACGGGCGAGAUGGAAUAUACAGGUCACUUCGGCCACCACUAAACCUCCCCAAAACCCCAAAACUCUCCAUGACAUCUUUUCUCUUUCGCAACAUCUCUUCCCACCCCCAUCACCCUGCACUCAUAGACUCCAACUCUAACCACACCCUCACUUUCUCUCAACUCAGCUCCUCUGUUUCCAAGCUCUCCCGUGGCUUACAGCAACUGGGUGUCAACAAAAACGACGUCGUUCUCAUCUUCUCUCCCAACUCACUUCACUUCCCUGUCUGCUUCUUUGGGAUCAUCAAUGCUGGAGCUAUUGCCACUACUGUCAACCCCAGCUACACUUCUCAUGAGGUAGCUAAACAGGUACAAGAUUGUAAGCCGAAAGUCAUUUUUACUGUUUUUGAGCUGUUUGAUAAGGUUAAAGGGUUUGAUUUGCCUAUUGUGAUCAUGGGGUUUGAUGAAAAUGUUGAAAAAUUACAAGGGGGUGGGUUGGAAUCAAGAAUUGUGUUGUUUGAUGAUUUGAUUAGGAAUGAUGGGUCUUUGUUGUUUCCGGUUGAGGUUUCGGGGGAUGAUACUGCUGCUCUGUUGUAUUCUUCGGGUACUACUGGUGUUAGUAAAGGUGUGGUUUUGAGUCAUAGGAAUUUUAUUGCGGCUGCUUUGAUGGCUUGUGGUGAUAUGGAUUUGAUGGGGGAGAUGAGCAGUGUGUUUUUGUGUAUUUUGCCUAUGUUUCAUGUGUUUGGACUUUGUGUUAUUACUUAUGCUCAAUUGCAAAGGGGAAGUACGAUUGUGACGAUGGCAAAAUUUGAUUUGGAAGUGCUUUUGGGGACUGUGGAGAAGUAUAAGGUUACACAUAUGUGGGUUGUGCCCCCGAUUGUACUUGCAUUGGCAAAAUAUAGCGGGGAUGGUAAGUAUGACUUGUCGUCUUUAAAGCAAAUUGGUUCUGGUGCUGCUCCUUUGGGGAAAGAGUUGAUGCAGGAAUGUGCGAAGAAAUUUCCGCAGGCUUUGGUCAUGCAGGGUUAUGGUAUGACAGAAACAACUUCAGUUAUCUCUGUGGAGAAUCAGCUUGGAGGUCCUCGAAAUACUGGUUCUGUAGGAAUGCUUGUUCCUGGAGUGGAAUGCCAAAUUUUGAGUGUCGAUACACUUGAACGUCUUCCUCCUAAGCAGUUGGGUGAAAUAUGUGUUAGGGGUCCUAACAUCAUGCAAGGUUAUUUUAACAAUCCACAAGCUACAAAGCUUACUAUAGAUAAACAAGGUUGGCUGCAUACUGGCGACCUAGGUUAUUUUGAUGAGGAAGGACAACUAUAUGUUGUUGAUCGAAUUAAAGAGCUCAUCAAGUACAAAGGAUUUCAGGUUGCACCAGCAGAGCUUGAAGGCCUACUGGUGUCUCACCCAGACAUAUUAGAUGCGGUAGUCAUCCCGUUUCCUGAUGCUGAAGCUGGUGAAGUACCAAGCGCGCAUGUUGUCAGAGCUCCUAACAGUUCACUAACCGAAGAAGAUGUCAAGAAAUUUAUCUCAGAGCAGGUCGCCCCUUUCAAAAGAUUGCGGAGGGUCACCUUUAUAAAAUCAGUGCCAAAGUCAGCUUCAGGAAAAAUCCUCAGAAGAGAGCUUGUUGAGCAAGUCAGAGCCAAAAUGUAAUAUAUAGCAGUUGCUUCGAGUACUGAAUGAAUCCUCUGAAACAAUGAUCACACAUAACCUAAGGUUUGCAAGUUGGUUUUGGGUCAAAUGUAUUCUGUCUUUAUUUUUUCAUCACAAAAUAUACAUAAACCGAAAUGUUACAGAAAGAAGCAAUGACAUUCCCAUCGAAAGUUAGGUAAUGAAUACUGUUUACUAGGUUGAUUUAUGUUGCAUUUAGGUGCCUUUGUCAGAUAUCAAACGUCUGUAAAUUAAUUGGAUAUCGACUUUAAGAAGUCCUGGAAUUAGGACUGCACAUUGUCGGACUUGAA